CUUUAAGUUGGAAGGUUCUGAAAUGUUCUAAGUGAAGGGGGACUUCAGACUAUAAGAGAAUAAUCAAAAAUGAUGUUUACAGUGAAUAAUUCAGGCUUUGUGAAGAUGAAAAUUACCCAAGUAAUUAACAGUAAUUUAUUACAUAUUUCUGUGAAUCUAAUUUAUGAAAACCACCGAAUGGAAGUGUAGGAAUAUUAUAUAAUUGGCCAUAAAUUAAAUGACCUUUGAUCACUUUAUUAACCUUAAAUUAAAGACUGAAAACAAUAUUUUAAGCUAUUUAGAGCAUCUUUGUGAAAACGUGAGUAAUUUACUGCAUUUAAAAUUACAAGCUAAUAAGAAUUUAAGUUUAAUGGGUUUUAAAAUAUAUGGACAAUUUCAACAUGUAAGGAAGUGACGUCUUUGGUCCUUGGACGUUUCCGGUGGGUUGUUCCACCGCAAAUAAAACAAGAAAUAAUUUUAUGUAUAUAUAAAUAAUUUAUUAUGGACAAUGAAUUUUGUAACAUGCUGAUGAGUCGUUCAUGAAUGAAUCGUUCAUUCUAAACGAGUCUUUAAUAUGACUCAGAAGAACGAGUCGUCGCAAUAGUGAUUCGUUCAAAGAACCGAGUCACUAAAAUGAACCGAUUUUCGCAUCACUAGUUGGAGGGGUUUUGGGUUUGUUCUGAUCGGGUUCUCAUCACUGCAGCUCGGGAGAUGAUCAACUUUAUUUAUAUGGUGUAUUGAACAUCUGGAGGGAAAACUCCUACAUUAACCACAUUACAUCUCGCGAUGCGCGCGAAUCACCUCCCCGGUUACCAUAGCAACGACAACAACAACAAACAGAGCGGGUUUAUAACCGUGUGUGACUUCAGCGCUCAUCAAACACUCGAAAAACACCGACAAGUGAACAUUAAAACAUCUGUUACUCUGAGGAACUUAUUGUAGAUAAACGGAUUCAGAAAUGCGCUUCCGGCUUCGGUCACGUGGACGCGCUCGAGCAGCUCAUAACAUACAUCUGGAUACAUCACGUGAGGUUUUUAACAUGCACUGGAUCUUUUCUCCGGUUUCCCGCCAUCCAAACGCUCCUCCAUCAGCUGAUAGCGUGCAGGGUCAGACCUGCUUCCUGAUUGGCCAGAAAGUUCUCUGGAACAGCAGCUCUGACCGUAAUAUUCCAGAGAUGAACAAAGUGUCAGUGUUUAUGAGAGACAGAAGACACGUGGAAACCAUCAUCAAAAACAUGCAGAGAGCAGGAACCAGUACACUACAGGUGAUCUCCGACUUCGACAUGACACUCACCAGAUUUGCCCACAAUGGCGUACACUGCCCCACAACACACAACGUUCUCCACAGCAGCACACUCAUCAGCGAGGAGUGUAAAACCAAGAUGAGGGACUUGUUCGCUCAUUAUUACCCCAUUGAGAUCAACAGCUCGAUGUCGGAGGAGGAGAAGAUCCCUCACAUGGUGGAAUGGUGGACGCAAGCUCAUGAUUUGCUCAUCCAACAGCGAAUCAGGAAAGAUCAGCUGGCUCAGGCAGUGAGAAACUCGGGCGCUAUGUUAAGAGAGGGUUACAAGAGGUUCUUUGAUGUUCUGCACCAGAACUCUGUCCCUCUGCUGAUCUUCUCGGCUGGAGUUGGAGACAUUUUAGAGGAAGUGAUCGCAGGCCACGACAUCUUCCACCCCAACGUUCGUGUCUUCUCCAAUUACAUGGACUACGAUGAAGAGGGUGUUGCAUGUGCGUUUAAAGGUGAGAUGAUCCACUCCUUCAAUAAGAGAGAAGGAGCUCUGCAGAACACGCAGCAGUUCAUACACGAUCGCACCAACGUGCUGCUGCUCGGAGACACGCCCGGGGACCUGAACAUGGCCGACGGCGUGCAGAACCUCCACAACAUCCUGCGCAUCGGCUUCCUCAACGACAAGGUGGACGAGAGGAUGAAGCAGUACAUCAGCUCUUACGACAUCGUGCUGGUGAAGGACGAGACGCUGGACAUCCCAAACGCCAUCCUGAACUACAUCACAGCCAGGAAGUGAGGCGCCCUGGCCAAUCAGAAUGAGGGUCAGGCGCGGACUCUCGUCAGAAAGACGAUACUUCAAUACUGGACUUUCAUUUUUGGAUGAUUAGGCAUUUUUUUGUCUUCGGUGCUUUUUAUUUAUUUACACACUGUUCAAGCGCACAUGAGGUCAUCAGACUUCCUCCAGGAACGUUUACACUUCUAUUAAAUGUACAUUUUUAUUGUUUUAUUGAAACAAGUAUUUUUAAUUAAACUGUAUUUAUAAAUGCA